AUUCCAUGCCCGAUUCCAUCUUGCACCAAAUCUUUCACCCGUCCCUUCAACCUGAACGCGCACGUCAAGUCCCAUGAUACGCUCAAGCCGUAUGGUUGCCAUCUCUGCCCGCGUGUCUUCUCGCGCAAACAUGAUCUGCAGCGCCAUAUCCGCGUCCACACGGGAUCGAAACCGUACGUGUGUGUGAACUGUCAAAAGGCCUUUGCGAGGACCGAUGCCCUGUGUCGCCAUUAUAAG